AUGAACAUCCUUCGUUCUUUUUGGAAUAGUCCCACAGGCCUCAAAACAACUCAUUUCUGGGGUCCUACCUUCAACUGGAGCCUUCCCCUUGCGGCAGCAAUGGACACAAAGAAACCACCGGAAACCAUAUCCGUCAACAUGACUGGAGUUAUGUGUGUUUAUUCAGCAUCUUUCAUGAGGUUCGCUUGGGUGGUGCGACCUCGUAACCUCCAUCUUCUUGCAUGCCAUUUGACCAAUGAGACUAUGCAAUUGUAUCAACUCUCUAGGUGGUUCAGAGCUCAGAGGGUGGUGGAACAGAGCGAAAAGGAAAUAAAUGCAGAAUGA